CUCUCCCCGCCAAUGCGGGGGUCCUUGCAAUCCGGGUCCCGCCCCUGCCAGGAGCUCGGGCCGGAAGAUGGCGGCGGCCGCGGAGUUGACGCUGCUGGAGAAGUCUCUGGGGCUGAGUAAGGGGAAUAAAUACAGCGCUCAGGGCGACAGGCAGAUUCCUGUUCUUCAAACAAACAAUGGUCCAAGUCUAACAGGAUUGACUACUAUAGCAUCUCAUCUAGUCAAGCAAGCCAACAAAGAAUAUUUGCUGGGGAGUACUGCAGAAGAAAAAGCAAUCGUUCAGCAAUGGUUAGAGUACAGGGUCACUCGAGUAGACAGACACUCCCAUAAAGAUGACAUCCACACUCUGUUGAAG